AUGGCGUACAUUAAAAGCAUGGUAAGUAAAUGGUUGGAAAGGCCAAACAAAAGGUCAUGGAUACCGAUGCAAAGCAUUGCAAACACUGUUGGAGGAAGCAAAUGUACUCCAGAGCAAGCUAAACGAUAUCAGGAGUUGGUGGGUCAAUUGCUAUGGGUGUCCAACACAGUAUGGCCAGACAUCUCAUUCACAGUUGGAGUCCUAGCACAACAUAUGUCAGAACCAAAUGAUAGCGCAUGGCAAGCGGGGAUACAUCUGCUGAAGUACCUGAACCAAAUGAGCGAAUAUUGCCUGGAGCUUGGAGGAAUGCAUAGGAAGCAUGUGAAACAGCCAGUGGUCAUGUAUACCGAUGCAAAUUGGGCUUUGGACCCUACCAAUGGACGAAGGAGUAUGUCUGGGGCAGUCACAUAUGUAUAUGGAUGUCCAGUCAGUUGGAAAUCGCAUGUACAGAAGUGCAUAGCAUUGUCAGCAGUGGAGGCAGAACUAGUCGCUGCAUUGGAGGCAGUGAGAGAAGCCCUUUUCUUCUUGUAUUUACUCAGGGAUUUAGGGAUCACAGAAGUCGAACCAGUCUUGUACACUGACAGUCAAGGAUGUAUACAGGUCAGCAAGGAUCUGGCCAAGCAUUGGAAACUUAAACACAUCAACACUAGGUAUUACUUUGUUAGGGACCAUGUGCAAGAUGGCGACAUAUCGAUUGAGUAUGUUGAAACAGCCAGUAAUGUGGCUGACAUACUUACAAAGCCUCUCAAGGGAUUCAACACAACAAGGAUAUCAAGGAUGAUAGGAUUGGGCAUGCCAUUGUGGGGGGGAGUUGAAGAUGCACCAGCAUCACCAGCGCGCGACACAGUAAAAGGGAACACACAGGAUUGGGGAAUUGGAAAGGUAUUGGGUGAUGAGGAAGACAAACAGAACAUGAAGCUAGUGGGAGCUAACACAGCCUAUGCAUGA